CAUAUUUAGUAUUUAAUGGCAGUUUCAGUGGCUACAGUGAAAUUUUGUUGUCUUGUUAAUAAUUAAUGCAAAUUGUUGUUAUAUGUAUAUCGGCAGAGAAGAGUGGAUAAAAGCAUAACGUUAAUUAAGUAUUCAAGUAAUAAUGAAUUUGAGCUUUUUGAGAAAUUGCAUUAUAGAAUUGAAACUUAUAUCAAAACAUGUUAGAUGUUUACAUUUCUUGGGAAGUUCCAGAAAUGUUUUAAUGUCAUCAACAAAUACAUGUACUAAUUUGUACGAUUUUUCACCCAAAUUGUAUAAUGUAAAUAAGUUUUUUACUGGUGAUAUAUUGUUAAAAAGUAAAGACCGACCUAGCAAUAAAAAAUCAGUGAUACAUGUUAAUCUUAAUGAAAUAUCUGACAUUGUAAAGGUAGAACGUAUGAUGUCACAAUUUGAUGGAGCAAUUGAAAGAUAUAAAGAUGAAAUGGUAAAAAACUUAGCUGUACGUACAAGAGUAGGUGCUGUUGAAGAGUUGACUAUAACAUUCGAAGAUGAAGAACAUAAUCUUGAAGAGCUUGUAGAUAUUAAUCGAAAACCUAAUAUGGUAUUGCUCAAUGCAUCUGCAUUUCCACAAAUAAUCCCAAAUAUUUUAGAAGCUUUAUCAAAAUCGAAUAUGAAUUUAAAUCCACAACAAGAUGGUACAACAAUUUAUAUUCCAUUACCUAAAGUUACAAAAGAACAUAGAGAGAGUUUGGCAAAAACAGCAAAACAAUACUUUGUUAAGUGCAAAAAUAUUAUUUGUGAUAUAAGAAACGAACAUAUUAGAGACUUGAAAAAAAAAGAAGGUUUACCAAAAGAUUUAACAUUUAAAGCUGAAAGUUAUGUAAGUGCUCUACAAAAACAAUAUGUAAAUAAAGCAGAAGAACUGUUGAAAGCAAAACAGAAAGAACUUUUAGGUGAAUCAUAAACAUUUCAAAUGCAUGAUCGUAAACAUGUGCAUAUAUCCAUGUAUAUAUAAUAAAUAAUGACCAUAGUGUAAUAAACAUUAUUGUCAUCUA